CAACUGCACAGCUUCCUGUCAGUGUGGGUCACUCGACGGAGCAGCGUGUCCUUCACCAGAGAGCAGGGCUGAGGCUAGUGGGCAGCCUGAAUGCGGGAUCAUGUCCGUGGUUCCUCUCCUGCUGCUCUGUCUUGGGUUGUGUCUGAGCCAGAGCACUUGGGCACAGACGGGUGAGUGUCUCUAUGAUACUCCUGAGGACCCAGCAGCGUUUAAGCCAGGAAACCUCCCCCCGCCUUGUAUCACAGCUCUGCCUGGAUCCAUAGUUCCACCUAGGAGUGCUGUGACCCUCCAGUGUCAAGGACCUAAACAAGCUGAGGGGUACAGAAUAUCAAAAGUGGGAAGUCCUGAGCCCAUGGACAAAGAGAAACAGAUCACACCCAGGAAGACCAACACUUUGAAUUUCACAGAGAUGACAACAGACAAGACAGGGCUGUACCACUGCUCCUAUCAGAGAGGAGGCCGCUGGUCCCAGUUCAGUGACCCCCUGCAGCUGGUGAAGACCGGAGCUUAUGAGAAGCCCUCCCUCUCCAGUGUGGCUGGCACAGCGGUGGUUCCAGGGGAGAAUGUGAAGUUGCAGUGUUUCUCCAAAAUGAACUAUGAUGUAUUUAUCCUCACCAAAGAAGAUGGAGAUCACAUCACCCAGAACCAAAGCUCCACCCCCCAGCACGGAGGACACCAGACCAUCUUCCUCUUGAAUCCAGUCUCCUCCACACAGGCGGGGACCUACAGAUGCUACGGUGCCUUCCUCGACGACCCCUAUGUGUGGUCUCAGCCCAGUGACCCACUGCAGCUUCAGGUCGAAGGAACCACUGACUCUCCCAGCAACACACAACCCAGACGUGCAACUGGCGGGCCGCUGUGUGGAUGUCAGUCCAGCAAGGCAAGUGGAGAGUCCCGUCCCGGAGCUCGUCUCAGUUUCCCGGCAAGGAGAGGCGCCCACCCAGCUGUGGCUGAUCUUCCCUCCCGGGUUUCAACACCAGAAUUGAGGCAAGUGCAGAAAAAGAGAGAGGGAGCCGGGCAGUCAGGCAAGAAAAGGAAAUUUAUUAGAGGGAAAAGAGGGGUGACUGGCUCCUAAGGAGAACCAGCAUUCUCCGUUUCUGAUGGAGUCCUUCUUAGACCCCACCAAUGAAAACUUCUCUGAAGGGAUGGUCAUGUAGCCAGAGGUCUGGAAUCUGUGGUCUCACAGCUUUGAGAAGAUAGGUGCCAGUGAGAUAACAUCAUCCUUAUUCUAUAAGGAUACAAAUUUCCAUUUCUGAGCAGCUUCUCAUUUGCAUCUUUAUUGGGUUUGUUACGAUGUUGCUUCUGAUUUAUGGGGUUUUUUUUGGGGGGGGGGGUUGGCCACGAGGCUUGUGGGAUCCUAGCUCCUCAAUCAGGGAUGGGACCCACAUCCCCUGCGUUGGAAGGCAAAGUCUUCACCACUGGGCCUCCAAAGAAGUCCCUCCAAGUGCUUUGUUAUCUAUGACUUCAUGGAGCAAGCAAACGAGGUGGUCAAAGCUCAUUCCUCUUUUCUAAGAAAACGGGUCAACAAUUCUGAGCUUGGGGAUUGUGGUGGGGUCUGAGGAAAUACUCAGAAACCGUGGUGUGUGCGAAGGUUCUUUACACAGCGUGCCUGCUCCAGCACCGUGUCCCCU